AUGUCCCGACUCAUCAUCCGAGUCAACCCAGACUUUCUCAUAGACGGCGGCCCCGAGACCUCAGACCCCAUCCAAGCAGUGGUCCGCCCCCUCUCGCACCCUGUCUUCUCCUCAUCCAAGAUCCGUCUCUUUGGACCCCUGGGCGCAACCAUACCGCUCAGAGAGUUCCUUGUCACUCCUGACGAGGAUGUCGCAUCCACAACAGUCAGCCCCGAGCAACGCAUGAUGCAGCCUUGGCUGCCAGAUCCCCGCUGCACGACGUACUAUACACCGUACUUACCGCGGGAUCUCACAGAGCCACAAUUCAAAGUAAUGGUCCAGUUCCAUCGCUUCACGAGGGGUGAGGAUGUGCUGCCGAACCAGCUCUCGCCGCGAGCUAUACGAUACAUAUUGUCUGCAAACAACAAUUUGCCUGACCCAUACUCACGCUUUAAUAGGCGCACACGGCGCUGGGUAUACAUGGGCUGGACGCGGGCACAUUUCCUGGCAUUUUUCUCCAUUUAUCGUUCAGUCAUUUUGAGCUCGACCGUUGACGGGAGUGGAAUCCUAGAAUUGCGGAGCUUGGGUGAAUGGCUUUAUGCAGCGCCCCCUGAAGCGAUGGGUUGUGAGGAAUGGGAGCGCUUAAUUAUGGAGAUUGGAGGGUUGGAGAAUAUUUUAACGGAUGAGGAGAGAUGGGAUGCCUGCCACACAAUUGGUGUGGAGGCUGCUGGUCGUGCAGAUGAGGUUGGUGAUGAUGACGCUGUCCCUGUUAUGAGAGCGAGGAAGGAGAGGAAGAGAGGACAGAAGGAUAGAUUGGCUGCGUUGUUGAGGGGCGGGUAG